AUGUCUGACGCUGAAUUGAUCGGAUCAAUCGAUGCAGGUACAACAUCUGUUCGCUUUAUCAUCUUUGAUGAAUUCGGUCAAAUUCAAGCCAAACAUGGAAUGGAAUUCACACAAUAUUAUGAACAACCGGGUUGGCAAGAACAAGAUGCACAUGAAAUGUAUGAUAGGAUCGUUCAAUGUAUCGGAACAGCUAUCGUGAAAUUAGAACAACUUGGACGAUAUACACGUGAACAAAUCAAAGUCAUCGGUGUGACAAAUCAACGUGAAACGACUGUUGUUUGGGAUAAAGAAACAGGAAGAGCAUUAACAAGAGCAAUCGCAUGGCCAGAUGCACGUACGACCGCAGUCGUAAAACAAUUAGCAAAAAGUCAUCCAAAAGGUGUAAAUGCGAUAAAAAAGGAAACAGGAUUACCUCUUUCUACCUAUUUUGCUGCCGUCAAAUUACGUUGGAUGUUGGAAAAUAUACCUGAAGUGAAGGAAGCACACGAUGAAAAGAGAAUGUUAUUCGGUACGAUGGAUUCAUGGAUAAUCUAUAAUCUUACCGGCAGAAAGGUACACGUAACGGACGCAAGUAAUGCUUCACGUACAAUGUUGAUGGAUUUGCGUAAAUUGGAAUGGGAUCCCACUUUGUGCGAAUUCUUUGGUGUGAAUAUGGACAUCUUGCCUACCAUAAAAAGUUCAUCGGAAGUAUAUGGUCAAGUAGAAUCUGGAUUAUUAAAAGGAGUAGAAAUUGCGGGCAUGGCCGGUGACCAAAUGGCUGCUCUAGUUGGACAAAAAGCAUUAUCGCCUGGUGAUGCAAAGAAUACGUACGGAACAGGCGCUUUCUUAUUAUACAAUACAGGCUCAAAGAUUGUUCAUUCUGAGCGUGGUCUUUUGUCAACCAUUGCUUAUCAACCCGGUCCAAAUACCGCUCCAGUGUAUGCUUUAGAAGGUUCAAUUGCCGUUGCCGGCUCUGCUGUCAAAUGGUUACGUGAUCAAAUGGGAUUGAUCAAAGAAUCAAAUGAUGUCGGCAUUGAAGCGGCAAAAGUGGAAGAUUCUGGUGGCAUUUAUUUUGUUACUGCAUUUGCCGGUUUAUUAUCUCCCGUUUGGGAUUCUUCUGCUCGAGGAACGAUUGUUGGUAUUACCGGAUAUACUACGAAAGAGCACGUUUGUCGUGCAACUUUGGAAGCUGUUUGUUACCAAACGGAAGCUGUCGUACGAAACAUGGCCGAAGAGAGUGGCGUGAAUAUCAAGAAUUUGCACGUAGACGGCGGAAUGGUGAACAGUGAUGAAGGAAUGCAAAUUCAAGCUGAUAUUCUUGGUAUAACCGUAACCCGACCAGAAAUGCGUGAAACAACAGCUUUGGGAUCUGCACUAUUAGCAGGCGCUGCAAAAGGAAUGUUUGGGUGGAAGUUGGAUGACCCUGAAACAUUUAAGAAUGUUAAUACAAAGAAUGGCGAUCAAUUCACGCCAAGAAUUGACGAUAUUCAAAGACGAAAAAUGAUUCGGGGUUGGGAACGUGCAGUCGUUCGAGCAAAAGGAUGGGAAGAAGAAGGAGAUGGUGAAUUAAAUGUAAAACCUUGA